AUGUCUGCAGAACAAGAAAAUACCAUUGCACAAUUUAAACUUGGUGAAUGUUAUUUACAUGGAAAAGGAGUUCCAAAAAACUCUUCAAAAGGAUUUAAAUGGCUGUUAAAAGCUGCUACAAAAGGAUAUGCUGAAGCACAAUUAUUAGUUUCAACUUGUUAUUUUUCAGCAGAUGGUGUAAAAAAAUCUUCAAAAUUGGGUUUUGGAUGGUUGUUAAAAGCCGCACAACAAGGAAAUGUUAAAGGAAUGAAUGGUGUUGCAUUAUGCUAUUUAAAUGGACUUGGAACUGUAUCUAAUUUAGACGAAGCAACACAUUGGUUUGAAAAAGCAGUAGAAAAAGGAAAUAAAGGAUCACUCAUCUCCCUAGGUGAAUGUUAUAUAAAAAGAGAUCAAAUGGAAUUAGCAUUUAAAAUAUUUAAAAUUGCUGCAGAUAAUAAUAAUGUAAAAGCACAACUAUUUGUUGCUAAUAUGUUAUUAAAUGGAGAAGGAGUUGAAUGUAAUGAAGAAGAAGCAAUUCAUUAUUUAGAAAAAGCAGCAGAAUUAGGUUCAAAAGAUGCUGUAAACAAAUUAGCUGAACUACAAGAAAAUCAUAAAAAAGUUGAUGAUUAUAUUAAUUCAAUGAAAAAUAAAUCUGGGAUAUUACCUAACUUAGGAAUAGUCUUUUGGAUUAUUUGUAUAUUAGUUGCUCUUGGUGGUGUUUAUUUAUAUCAAAUAUCUAACAACUAA